GGCGGAUACGCGCAGGAAACUGCUGGGCGGUAUCUUGCAGAAGGAGCGUACAACUGUAGCGAAUCGUUCGCCUAAUUGAGUCAUGAUUUGCAACAUGACUUACACAUCUAGCCGUGUCCUACUUCCUUAAAUUCGUACUCGGCUCUCUCGGUAAUCUGUGAAGGGACGAAAAAUACAAACACAGGUACGUAAUGAAUAGAUGCACAGUGAUAUCCUGGUAGGGGAAACGCCGCCCCAAGCUGAUGUAGGAUUCGACUUAAAACAAGGUAGGUACUUGCGUGUUGGAUCCACGAAUUUCUGAAGAUCGGGAACCGUCUACUAAGAUUCCUCGAUAACAAAACUCGGCACAACCCCGAGAUAUUUCACGGCUUCAUAACCUCACAUCAUCCAAUUCACUUUUAUAAAUCAUAAAAUGUACGCUGUUGCGCUUUUAGGCCUUUUGGCUGUGCCGGCCACUUCGAAGGCCUUGAAAUACGCCAUCCCUGUGAGCCUUAAAGCCACUGACUGCACGUUCCCGGCCAACUAUACCGUCUCCAACUUCACCAUCUACACGGAUAGAACAGACAGUAGUAAAAAUAGUACUUCGUUCCUUUUCGAUGAUCCGAGAACUGGGAUCAAUACCAGCUGCAGUCGCAAUUCAACCUCGAAGCUUAGCGGUUCUAACCGAUGGCCCUGCGAUGACUCGAACGUUGCAUUUAUUUACCAGACAACUGGUAUCGCAGGCCUAACCUUGAUUGAGGCGGCAUGUCCUGGAAAUGUUCCUCAGUUCGAAGCCUCUGGUCUCAUCAGGCCAGACCUGGCUUGCACAAAUUCCACAUCGGGAACCACCUGUGUGGCUAAGCAAUCUCCGAUUGUAGGAGAUUUCGACAGUCUCGAACCCGCACCACCGCCUUCUCGCUGAGCGUUGGUAAAAGACGAUAGGAAACAACGGGAAGUUGGCAUUGCCUAAGACACGUAAUUAUCAUACAAGCUCUCCAUGGGAUUCGAAUAGAUGACUAUCCACAAGCAAGAUGGGCGAGACGUUGUGUUUGCUUAAUCGGACAUUCCUACAUCAGAUGGUGUUAGAGCUAGAUAAAAAGCCACUUCAUCAAUAGUUAUUAUUAAUUGCUUAAUUGAGGCUCAAUCAAGAUUCUUACUACUUGUGGUAGCUUAAUGCUUAAUUACUUAGCAUGCGAAGGCAUGUUAGGUGUUGUGUUAGAGC